AUGGCCGCGGGCAGCGCCGCCCCAGACACGCUCGCCGUCUCCCCCAGCAAGCGGCCCCGGCCCGCGGAGGAGGGCCUGCGGCUCCGCUUCGUGCGGCUCUCGGAGCACGCCACCGCCCCCAGCAAGGGCUCCGCGCGCGCCGCGGGCUACGACCUGUACAGUGCCUAUGAUUACACAAUACCACCCAUGGAGAAAACCCUUGUGAAAACCGACAUUCAGAUAGCUCUUCCUUCUGGGUGCUAUGGAAGAGUAGCUCCACGUUCUGGCCUGGCUGCAAAACACUUUAUAGACGUAGGAGCUGGUGUUAUAGAUGAAGAUUAUAGAGGAAAUCUUGGUGUUGUAUUGUUUAAUUUUGGCAAAGAAAAAUUUGAAGUAAAAAAGGGUGACCGAAUUGCACAGCUCAUUUGUGAAAGGAUUUUUUAUCCAGAAAUAGAGGAAGUUCAAGUUUUAGAUGACACUGAAAGGGGCUCAGGAGGUUUUGGUUCUACUGGAAAAAAUUAA